UGAUAUAUCCUGAAUUAAGGGGAACCGCAACCUCAAUCCGCAGGCUAUCUUCGGUUUCGCUGCUUCUUCUUCCUCUUCUAAUUCGAUGGCGAGUAAUCGUCAGAGCCUGAGUUAUUCAGACAUGUUAAUGGGUCAGAGCAGGAACGACCCGUUAACCGCAAGUCAGAUGGCCAUCUUCGACAAUAUUGGUCGGCGGGUUUGUAUUUGUGAUUUUACAGAGCUUCUGGUCAGAGCAAUCAUAUGGGAUGUGAGACGAGAAAUGGAAGAGAAGAUGAAGAGGGAGAAGAAUUCAAUGGUCGGUGGUAGUGGUUCCGACGGCAAAGGUAAGGUGGCGCCACCACCUUUUCCAGCUCUAGCUCAUGGUGUUUCCAUAAAGAGAUCUCUGCAAGGGUUCCUCCAAAGAAGAAGAGACAGGAUUCAAGCCGCUUCUCCAUAUAACCACUAGCCUUAUAUAUAUAUAUAUUCCCAAUAUAUAGAAACAACUACUCAAAAAAGAAAAUAAAAAAAAUAUAUCAGGAAUUGGGAGUUGUAUUAUUAGUUAGUUGUGGCAGUUGUGAAAUUUUAAAGCCAUCUGAUUCCAUCC